UUUUUUUGUCAGGAAGGUAAAGACGUGUGCUGGUUAGUUCGCUAAAUUUUUAUUCCGCAUUCUGAUUUGCCGUCGCUGAAACAUAGCAGCAGAACUAGCAGCGUAUCCAGAUCCCAUAAUCAUCAUCAUCAUAAAAAAUAUCCUAUAACUAAAAACCGCUUGAAAAUGCCGCAACAAAAAACAAACGGACAUAGCACCACCGCCAAUGGUUUCAAUGGCAGCGGCAGCAAUGGCAAUUCAUAUGAUAUGGAGGACGGACAAACAUUCCUUUUCACUUCGGAAUCUGUGGGCGAGGGACAUCCAGACAAAAUGUGUGAUCAAAUCAGUGACGCCAUUCUCGAUGCACAUCUAAAACAAGAUCCCAACGCAAAGGUGGCAUGUGAAACUGUCGCCAAAACAGGCAUGAUUUUGCUUUGUGGCGAGAUCACAUCAAAAGCUGUUGUCGACUACCAGAAGGUGGUCCGUGAAACAGUCCAACACAUUGGCUAUGAUGACUCCUCCAAAGGUUUCGAUUGGAAGACGCUAAAUCUGCUUGUCGCCAUUGAACAACAGUCUCCAGAUAUUGCCAACGGAGUCCAUGUGAAUCGCGAAGAAGAUGAUGUCGGCGCUGGUGAUCAGGGAAUCAUGUUUGGCUAUGCCACAGACGAGACCGAGGAAUGUAUGCCCCUUACUGUAGUGCUUGCCCACAAGUUGAAUGAAAAGAUCGCCGAACUGCGUCGCUCAGAUGUCUUCUGGUGGGCACGUCCCGAUUCCAAGACCCAAGUCACCUGCGAAUAUUUGUUUAAUCAGGGUUCGGCAGUGCCCAAGCGCGUUCAUACCAUUGUGGUCUCUAUGCAGCACUCUGAGAAGAUUUCACUCGAGACUUUGCGUUCUGAGGUCAUGGAGAAAGUAGUGAAAGUUGUCAUUCCCGCCAAAUACUUUGAUGCCAACACCAUUGUCCACAUUAAUCCAUGUGGAUUGUUCGUUAUCGGUGGCCCGAUGGGUGAUGCCGGUCUGACGGGACGCAAAAUUAUUGUCGACACCUAUGGAGGAUGGGGUGCUCAUGGUGGCGGUGCAUUUUCGGGCAAGGAUUUCACAAAGGUCGAUAGAUCAGCUGCUUAUGCAGCUCGCUGGGUGGCUAAAUCCCUGGUCAAGGCUGGACUCUGCAAGCGUUGUCUUGUCCAGGUCUCUUAUGCCAUCGGUCUGGCCGAGCCCCUGUCCAUAACCGUCUUCGAUUAUGGCACCUCACACAAGUCACAAAAGGAGCUACUGGAGAUUAUCAAACGUAACUUUGAUCUAAGACCCGGCAAGAUUGUCAAGGACCUGAAUCUGCGCCAGCCAAUUUACCAACGCACUAGCACAUAUGGACACUUUGGACGUGAUGGUUUCUCUUGGGAGCAGGCAAAGCAUUUGGAAAUCAAUUGACUAGACGCUAAUUUUCAACCGAGUCCCAAAAGGUUAAAGUUAACCGAAACGGAAACGGAUUCAGCACCGGCAACAUCUGCAGCAACAACAAUAGCAAAGGCAACAACAACAACAGCAACAGCAACAACGUAAUUUUUAGUUAGUUUCUGUUUAUUUGCGUUCAACUCCAGCUUUUAAACCCAAUUCGAUGUGUUCACACAUCUUUCUAUUAGUUAGUUGUACGUGGUUGUUGUCGUCUAAAUUAACUUACUUAAUAGUUAUACAUAUAUAUAAAUAUAUAUAACAUAUAAAUUUGCUUCCUCAAAAAGAAGAACAGACAGACAGACACACAGAACACACAAAACACACUAAACACACACACAUACACACAAAAGUAGUUAGUCGUCUCCUUGCAUUGUAUGUAGUUCAGUUACCAAUCAAAAGCUAAAGCAAAAACAAAAACAAACAAUUGUAAAAAUCCCCCUUUUAAUUUGUCUUUUGGCUAAGCAUAUUUCUCAUGUUGUUUUGUUUAAACAAAAAAUUGUAUACAUAUAUAUAUAUUUUAUACGUUUUUAUUAUUGCUACUAUCUAUCUCUAUGUAUGUUGUCAAAUUGUGUGCUUUAACUGUAUGUUUUUUUAAAUCCCCCCGCCCCCCAAAAAGCAAAUUUCUGAUUGUACAUUAAUUUUUUUUCUCUUGUAUUUGCUAUACAACCAACUAUAUAAAAAAUAAUGUAUUUUCCUUUACAAAAAUAUAUUACAAAAUACACAUAAAAUGUUUGUAAUGUUAACAAAAAAAAAACAAAAAGAAAACAAAAAACAAAUGAAAAAAGACGUACAAGUUCUGCGUACACGGCUCUUCAUUUAGGUAUUUUUUUAUAAAAUAAGAAUAUACAAUUAAAAAGAUAAGUUUAACAAACAAAAAAAAAAUGACAAAAAGAGCAGACACCACACACACACACACACACAGCCAGCCACCAUAUGACAAAUGACAGCCAAUCUCCAAAUAAGUCGCAGUUGAUAUUUCAUGAAACGCGCCAAAAAUAACGUAACUUAUAAUAGCUAUCGUUUAAAUAGCUGACAAACUACACAGAUCCAUAUGCAAUAAAACUUAAUCGACUUUUAACAAUGGA